GUAAUGAUGAAACCCCCCUUGAUCUGGCCUCCUUGCCUCCUUACGUAGCUAUGGAGUUCCUACUCACUUAUUUACCUUUAUCCGAAGGUCUCACUCUCCAUAUAAGACCCCAUACCAUUUCCUCCUUCCUUCCUUCUCUCUCUCACCAUCAUGUCCCUGCCUGACUGCUGGUCAUCAGACUCCAAUCCACUACCUCUCCUAGACUGGUCUGACCUCUGGAUUAAUGCUUUCGACAAAGGCAAAAUCCCUUCCUAUAAUGCCUACUUUCCUCCAUCCCCUUCUGAAACAUGCUCCUCCUUCUCAACCGAUCUAUCACCCUCCCCAGAACCAGUCACCAUACGUGUAGUCUGUGACGUUCCUCUACUCGCUCCUCGUCCACUUCCAUAUCAUUCUCCAACUUUCCUCAAAUUCGAUCUACCCGAUCCCGACGAAGACUUGUCACACCCACCCUACACACACAGACCUUCCAAACGGAAACGUGAUCACAACGACAACCACGACCAUGAUCAUUUGCGUGUAAAACGCCGAAAUACUGGUUUGCAACGAUGGGCAGCCGGUGUCCAUCGCCAAGCUCACUCCGGUAGCGGUACACAGGACCGUUCUCACGUGUAUACCGCUACCCGGCCUGAUCGCUUGCCAUGAAUCAUUCCUAAUCUUAGGGGCAUCCUUCUCACUUCAUAUUAUUCCCCUUUUCCUUAUGCCAACCCGAUUAUGUAUAUCUCCCCAGGGCCACUUGAUCUUUGCCACAUAUUUUUGCCGCCCCACCGCCUUUCUAUCACACAGCUUAAUUCGCACAGUACGUUUCCUCCACACCACACCACCGCAAGUUAGAUUCAUAAUUACCAGCAUUAACUCCACAUUGUACAGUAUUACAUAGCAUGUCAUCUGAAUCUUUCAGAUAGUGGAAUCGUAGCAUAUGAUCACCUCAUGCCAAGGCCCCACACAAUUACCGCUUUCAAUGGCAAGUUUCCAC